AUGCAUCUAAAGAAUGUAGAAAGAACAUAUGCAGAAACAAAAAGUGACUUGACUAAAGUUCAGCUUUCUCAAAAGAUCGAACCAUCCAGAAUUGCUAAGGCAAGCGAUAGUAUCAUCCUUUGUGCCAGUGAUGUGGACAAGGUUAUCUAUUCCAUUACAUUAGGGAUGGAUGGAGUGGCAGUUAAAGGCAAUGUUACAGUUUUGACAAAAUACUCAGCCUCUUGCACAGAAGCAGUGUCUAUGUGCCUUAACAAUAACAUCCUUUAUCUGUCUCACAAGGGCAACCCAGGCGGAAUCUUAAGUAUUGCAAUGUCAACACUCGAGGAAACCGUGAUCGUACAAAACGGAACUGUAGAAUGCAGUGAAAGCGCACACGUGGCCUCGUAUCUCGCUGGUAUAGUUUAUGUGGACAUUGGAAGCCUGCAAAUAAAGACGAAGAUCUGUGGUGAGGAGGCCUUAGUUAUUGCUGGCACAGGAAAGCAAGGCAAUUCGAAUGGAAAGGGAGACCAAGCAACAUUUGCGCAGCCUAUGUGCAUAUGUGUGGAGCACGAUAAGAACAUAUUCAUCACCGAUGCUCAAAUAGGCUCUGUGAAGCUAAUUACCUCAAUAAAAGGCAUUGUAAAGUAUUUAGGCCAUCUUGGUCUCCUGUAUAAAGCCUUUUCUGUUCAUAUGAAACAUCAGACUGUACCAAUGCGUUCCCUACCACAAGCAAUCGAGCUUCUGGAAGAACUUGACAGUUACUUGGAAACAACAACAGAAAAAGCGUUGUCGCAUAGCAACGAUGUAAACGAUGCCAGCACAGGUAAACCAAGCGGUUCUCAAGGAACUAUUUCUAAUCAGACAAAGCGUUCGGUUAACAUGAUAUUAAAUGGACUGAAAGAUCUGGAGGCGUUAGUUAAAGAACAUAACCCAAGCUUCGCCAUUGAUCUGUACUCUUGUCUAACAGUUCAGGUUGAAAACCUACACGCAGUUGGUCAUUUCAAGGACCAGUUUCCUACCCUUUUGCAGUACGCACGGAAUCUGGCAAAUACCGUAUACGAAAGCAUUAAGCGUGUAGUACCCUGGAGUGCCUACUACUUCACACAUGAUAAAUCAUAAUAUCCCGUGUUGCGCCAGAGCACUCCACUAAAUGCCAUUCCGAAGCUGGAGCAUCUUAAGGCAAAAAGGGAGUUAAAUGGGCAGGAAAAAGACCUCAUGAUUGAGUGGGCGACAAAUAAUGGGAGGGCUGCACGACAGAGAAGUGUGAGACAAGAGACCACCAUGUUCAAGGCCGGAACAUUGCCGUUAAACAUGUACAGAACAUCAGACUAUGCUAAAGAUAAAGUCUCAUUCAGCCCUAACACUGUCAAAGAGGAGACUGUUACUUCUGCUACGACCGUUACGACUGUUACGCCUUCUACAUCGCACGAGGCCAUUGAAGAUGUUCAAGUAGUAGAGGAAGCCGAGGUAGAAGAGGAGGAAGAGUAUGACACUGACUCAGACGCUGAAUAUCCUAUUGCUGACAAUUACGAGGUAGAUUCUUUAGACGAUUUGUUGUUUCUUCGGGCAGUUACAAAGCGAAGUGGACGAAUGGUCAGAGUCGUCCAUCGAGAGUGA